UCAUCAAGACAGUGAUUUUUGUGGGUUGUUCUGUCUUAUGGUCUCAAAAUAUGCUGGUAGCAGUGUACGGAUCGAUUACCAGUACGCUUAUGAAAGUAAUAAUUUUCAUUCUUAAUCUUAUUAUGCAUAUGUUGGCUAUGGCAUCUCUGUACAGCGAUCCACAUUCAUUUUUGAGCAUCCAUAGUCUGUAGCUGUAGUCUUUCAACAUUGUUCCUGAUUGCAGAAAACAGGUUCGAGUUUGCAGUAUUCUCUACUUUCUAACUAGAAGGUACACGAAGGCUAAAAAGACCUCUUUACUACUAGCAAAAAGUAGAGCACAGAGGUACCAUGACAUGACAUGACUAAUCUGUAUAAUUCUCUCAACAUGACAUGACAUGACUAAUAUGACGUCUCUUCAGUAUAAUUCUCUCAACUCCUAAUCAAACCAAAAUCAACCACUUAGAUCUGCCCGCCGUAACAAUCAUCAUCCCCCCAAAGUAACAAAUCAACCACUUAGAUCUGCCCACCGUAACAAUCAUCAUCCCCCUCAAAGUAACCACUUAGAUAUGCCCACCGUAACAAUCAUCAUCCCCCCAAACAUUGACAUUCAUCCCAAAAGGAUACGAAAUCAGGUGUCUGUGCGUCACCAAAAAGGCCUGCUGACCUUUUAAAAGAAGUCUACACCUGUGGUUUCCAGUUUGACGUGUUUCAGGGCUCACGGACGAUAUGGAUUCAUAAGGAUAUUUUUAUGGCAAUGGGUAAGUACGUUGUAAGAAAAACGUAGAUGAAAAAGAAGAAAGUCAAGCAAGUGCAAAGUCCACUCUGCAUGAUUAUGGUAUCUUCAUCACUGUCCUCAAAUACUAGGUAGUACCGUUGAAGGUCUGACAAAGCACCGCUCGUCAUCCCAUCUAAUCCCUGUAGACAUCAUGGCGACGAAACCAGGGUAGCCGCAAUGCAGAAUGUGACGCCAGUGCGAGUGGGCGACCGAAUUGAAAUAGCAGUAAACCUGUACAACGCUUUUGGGAAAACAGCAGUCAGCUCAGUUCAGUGGUUGCCACCGAGAUUCGCUGUAGCACCUUCGAUGCGGUAUUGUAGCUGUUGUUGACUCUAUGUAUGAGGCACGCUUUGAUCAUGAAGACAAUCACUAUAAUGUCUGAACAAGCUUAGCUAAGCAAAACAGAACUACUCCCCUUAUUUUAUUGGUACUUUGAGGCAAAAUCCCCACAACCCUUUUUAUUCAUCAUCAUAAAAAAUCAAAAAAAAUAUAGAAAAAUCAACCACCACAAACCACAGAAAAUGUCCAGUUGAGGAGGAGCUCCACGAUUGGUACGAUUUAGACGGGUUUAUGCUUCACAGCACAGAACGCUUACAGAUUCCGAAUUUUUUCACACCCCAACUCGAGCAUCUCAGUACGCAGUAUGCUGGGUAUAAUAUUUUAAUACAAGAAAUUAAUAUGUUUUAACUUGUGAAAAUAUAAGUACGCACGCAGAAGUAUUCUGGAUCAUAGUACUAUGAUGGGACGCGCUCCGGUUCAGGUUCUUUACCUCUAGGUGUAGCCUUCACUUAUUUCAAGCGCUGCUCUCUCCGCUUCAAAGCUUAUACUUGUGAUACGGAUAGCUUGAUGGGGUCAAAUAAAUGUGUGCGUUUUGAGCAUUCUAACUCUGUUUUUUGUAGAUCUUCCGAGUUCAGUCUGUCUACCAAGAAUGAUGAUCCUUUCUACCAGCCUUGACAUUGCGGUUUCCAAGAGUUGGCUUCGUGCUAGCUCUCUCGGUGUAGUCCCCCAAGCGGACCGGAUAUUAGGGUCUCGAUUUGAGGUUUUGCCGAAAACAGCACCGAUUAUUCUACCUUUGAAGUUAUGCCGGCUUUCGACAAUUACAACAUGUUGGCUGCUCCUGUAGUAGUACAAUGUCUGAGUCCCUCUUGAUGAUACGCUGCAACGGGGCUCCACGACUUGGCGUUGGCCUUUCUUUGUACAUUUUUUGGUUCUAGAUGAAUGCGUGCGAAUAUCACUCAAUCGGUUCAUUGCCUCUCCUUACCUAGAGUAAGAUCGUUGAGAGGCAGAUUGCCGAAUAGAUUCAGAUCAUCAAGAUCUUCGUUGAGAGGACUUCAUCGAAGUGAAUGAAUACACAAGCUAAUUGUUCUAAUCAAUCGCAUUGGCCUGCAGCACGAUCGCUUUACGAAAAUUCAGCUGCGCCAAGACGAUAAAGUGCUUCUCUACAUAUCACAAGGUGGAAAGCACGAUAAUCGCUAG